CCUGGGGUAGCUAGACUAGACAGCGCGAGCCAGGAGUCCCACCCCGAGAUCCGGUGUUCGUCGGGGGUUUGCCGGCGCACCUUCGGGUCGGCCUACGGCUGAACGCACGGGCCGUGCCUGUGACGGGUGGAGGUGAGACUCCUGCUUUGCUUGAAAAGGCAUCACCUCUCUCGAGGAUGAGUCCAGUUCUCUUAUCGACCUCAUUUACCAUACAUUCUCCAAAUGGCGUCAUAUUCAUUGCCUCCGAAACCUCUCCCGCUGAAGGUGUCCUCGAAGAACGGCGGCAAUAGGCCCAACUAUGUCAUAUUCAUGCCAGACCAGCUGCGAUACGACUCGCUAGGCUGCACUACCAAUGGCAAAUCUGGUAUCGACACUCCCAACAUUGACGCUUUUCGACAGCGCAGUUCCCUUUUCACUAACUGCUUCACUCAAGCAUCGGUCUGUUCGCAGUCAAGAUGCAGCAUGUUCACCGGAUGCUACCCCCACGUGAGUGGCCACCGCAGUCUUGAGAAUCUCAUCAAACCGUGGGAGCCCAAUAUCUUCCGGACCAUGAAAGAAAAUGGCUACCACAUUGCUUGUCUGGCGCCCAGGGGCGAUACGUUUGCGCCAACGGUUACCGAGUUGAGCGUCACCGAAUACGGCUUCCUGGAAACGCCUGAGUUUACACCUAAGUUUGCAGGUGGCGGCAACGAGGAUGCCGACAGAGACAACGUCUGGGACCGACUUUUCUACAAGGGUCUGCGAAAUGCCAACCAAGCCCUGGACUAUGAUGAAGCCGUUGUCCGGUCAGCCCUGAAGUGGCUCGAGUGCCCACCAGAUGACAAGCCAUGGGUGCUGUUCAUGCCGCUUCUCUUUCCACAUUGUCCAUUUCAGGUGGAGGAGCCUUAUUUCUCCAUGUAUAAACGUUCCAAGAUGGCCGAUGUCGUUUCAAAGCCGGAAACGAAGACCGGCUAUGAGCCUCGGUAUAUGAAAACAAUUCGAGAAAGGUACGGAACAGGCCGUGCGACUGAUGAGAUCUGGAGAGAGAUCAAGGCCACGUAUUAUGGGAUGAUCACUCGGUUAGAUGACCAGUUCGGUCGCGUGUUGAAGAAGGUGGACGAGCUAGGGUUGUGGAAAGAUACCGUGACCAUGUUUUUCACCGAUCACGGCGAGUACCUGGGAGAUCAUGGCCUUAUCGAAAAGUGGCCAUCAGGCCUGUCAGAAACUCUCGUCAGAGAGCCUUUGAUCAUUGGAGGAGCUGGACUUCCAGAGGGUAAAUCUAUCAACGCAAUGACCGAGAUGGUGGAUCUAGUGCCGACUGUGCUCGAGCUCUCAGGUAUCGGCGAGCACUUCCCUCAUAAUGGCAUGUCCUGGAUUCCCAUUCUCGUCGGCGACUCGACCGUGCAUAAGCAGUACGCCUUCUCCGAGGGUGGCUUCUUGACGUCUGAGGAACCUCUGCUCGAGCAGGCGCCCUAUCCAUACGACAUCAAAGCAGGUCUUCAGCACGAAGACACCACCCUGGUUGGCAAAGCAAUCUCCCUGAGAGAUGAAAGAUAUGCCUACAUUUACCGCUUGUAUGAGCCUGCAGAGCUAUACGAUCGAGCUGCCGACCCGCACGAAAUGCAUAACCUCGCGGCUGCACCCGAAUACCGCGAGCUGGUAGGUAGAUUAGAGAAAGAGGUUCUUCGGUGGCUGGUGGGUGGAAGCGAUUUCUUGCCGUGGCAAAAAGAUGAUCGGUUUCCGAAGGUGGACCUGAAGAGCCCAAGGGAACAAAUGGAGGAGCGUCUGAAGAGGCCUGGCCGAUCACUUGAGAACUGA